CAUGACAGUCCAUAACAGCAUCUGCUGCUUUUGAAUCUCAAUCCUUCAUCAGUCUUCACUUCACUAGUAGUACCGAAAUUAGGCCUUGCCUUACUGUGAGUGCUUAUAGGAACUGUGUAAAUUUUAAAGUCCAGCUGGUGGAGUUCUGAAGAUAUUUUGUACGAAAUAGAACUGAGCAGAGGUCGGCGGUACGAUGGAUCCUACCAAUAAUUAUCCAAGCGAUAGUGAUGAAAGCGACGAAGACUUCCGCCCUGACAAGGAAUCUGAUGCGUCCGGAAGUGAAGUAGAUUCCGAUAGUUUGGACAUUAAUGAGCAAGAUGAGAACAGCAGUACCAAAGCUGUAAGUAGUACAGCUGCUAAGAAGAGAAAGCGAAAAUCUGGACAUCUAGGAAAGAAAAAAAAGUUUCAAACCUCAGAAAAUAUAAAGAAUUCACUUCAAGAAGAGCGCAAAGAUUUAGAUGAAGAAGAGGAAAAACGUAAAUCAGAUGCGCUAUGGGCAGAUUUUCUCGCCGGAACUGAAAGUUCAAACAGUUCUUCGGUGUCAAAAGAAACAGCGGCAACAGAUCCCAACAAGUCCAGCAAAUCCACUGUUGAUACCAAGCAGACAGAAAAUGAAGAGGCAAUUACCGUUACAAAAGUAUUUGAAUUUGCUGGUGAGGCAGUUCAUGUAACAGAGAAAGUUCCGAGCUCAAAAACAGAGGAAUGUUCAAAAUUGCUGCCCAAAGCCGCAAAUGCAACCGUCUCUUCAAAUGUUAAAAGUGGUUUUCCCAGGCCGCUUCUAGGUCGUCCAGCAACUGGUGGUCUGGGAUCAGUAUUAAGUCAAAUUGGUAAGAAAAACAAGUUGAGCACUUUAGAGAAGAGUAAACUAGACUGGAACAGUUUCAAGCGAACGGAAGGGAUCGAAGAGGAACUACAAACUCAUAAUAAGGGAAAAGAUGGGUACCUAGAAAAGCAAGACUUCCUAGAACGGGCUGAUUUGCGACAAUUCGAGAUAGAGAAGACUUUUCGACAAACAAAUAGAAGUAAACGUUAGCUCUGCUGGCUCGUACCAUUUUAUCCUUACUAUCACACGAGAUGCUUAACGUCUUUUGGCUUAUAUCCAAACAUCGCAGAACUGUACGUUUAUACUGGUAAUCAAAUAUUUGCUCAGUAUAGCCAUUAUGCUAAGAUGAACAAGCAUGUAACACCAUAUGUCUAGUAAUAAAAAAGUGAAAAAGCAUA